CACAGCUGCACACGAUACUUAACUUCUCUUUCCUGUGUUUACUAGGCAGCAUCACACUUGGCUGACAGUGCAGCGAUCAUGGCCACGGCUGGUAAGGUAAUCAAAUGCAAGGCAGCGGUGGCCUGGGAGCCCAAAAAGCCUCUGGUGAUUGAGGAGAUAGAGGUAGCCCCACCUGGGCCCAACCAAGUCCGCAUAAAGAUUGUGGCAACUGCGGUGUGCCAUACCGACUUAUACCGCCUUCUUGAAAGUCCAAGUACCGAUGGGUAUCCAACAGUUCUCGGCCAUGAAGCUGCAGGGAUUGUAGAGAGUGUCGGACCAGGAGUCACUGAGAUAAAACCAGGUGACCAUGUUAUCCCUCUCUUCAUCAGCCAGUGUAGAGAUUGUCGCUUCUGUAAAAGCCCAAAGACCAACCAGUGUGUGAAAGCAUGGGGUGGUGGUACUGGCAACAGUGCAAUGGCACCUGCAAAUACCGCAUUCACCUGUAAGGGGAAGAGUGUGACUCAGUUUGCAGGAACCAGCACCUUCUCUGAGUACACUGUUGUCAACGAGCUAGCUGUGGCUAAGAUCGAUCCAGCCGCCCCCCUGGACAAAGUCUGUCUCAUAGGCUGUGGGAUCUGCACAGGAUAUGGAGCAGCAGUCAAUACUGCUAAAGUGGAACCAGGCUCCACAUGUGCUGUGUUUGGUCUGGGAGCUGUGGGUCUGGCUGCAGUAAUGGGCUGCCAAGCUGCAGGAGCCAAAAGGAUUAUCGCUGUUGACAUCAAUCCAGAUAAAUUUGAAAAGGCAAAGAUUUUGGGUGCGACAGACUUUUUGAAUCCAAAGGAUCACAGCAAACCCAUCAGCCAGGUGAUAGCUGAGAUGACCGAAGGCGGAGUUGACUUCUCUUUGGAAUGUGUUGGGAAUGUGGGAGUCAUGCGCAGUGCCUUGGAGUCUUGUGUUCAGGGUUGGGGUGUCAGCGUGAUUGUUGGAUGGACAGACCUGGAAGAUGUUUCUGCACGACCACUUCAGAUGAUUUCUGGACGAACAUGGAAGGGCUCUGUGUUUGGAGGCUUUAAGGGUCGAGAUGGUGUUCCUUCAAUGGUAAAGGCCUACAUGGACAAGAAACUGAAGGUUGAUGAGUUCAUCACACACAACAUGCCUUUGGAUCAGAUCAAUGAUGCUUUUGAAAUGAUGAAGCAUGGCAAAUGCAUCCGGACAGUGCUGAAUGUUUCUUCGGAAUAAGAUCUGAUUUUGCUGAUGAUGACUCCAAAGUAAAAUGUUUUUUAGCACAUAUAUGUUGCAAAAUCUUCAGUUAAUAUUCUUAGAAAAAAACAAUACGCAUAACACAAAACAAUCUAUGAUAUUCCGCACAUUGUAAGUCCCUGAUCUAAAAGAGAGUGAGAGAAAAGGCUGUCUUCAGGCUGUCUUGUUAUAAAGAAUGUUCAAGAGCAUGUUAAAGUGUUAAUAGAACAUAAUAAAUGCUUUCAACGGA